AUGCUAAACAUGCAAAUGAAGCCGGAAGGGGAGAGGCAUCAAAGAAAAGUCAGGUUUAGGAUAGCUUCAUCUCAUAGUGGAAGAGUUCUGAAAGAAGUCUAUACAGAUGGAGACUCCUUGGACUCUGAAUGUGCCAGCAGCUGUGAGACUGACCAAAACAGCUUACCAAGUGAAACGGAUGGGCAUCAGAAUGGUUUUUUAGGUUCGGAAUGUGAUGAAAGUGAAAAUGAGCCCGAUGACCUUCUUGUCCUUGCCAGAGCCACCAAAGACCGGGGAUUUGGAACCAAAAGAGUGAACAUACUCAGUAAAAAUGGCACAGUCAGAGGAGUUAAGCAUAAAGUCAGUGCUGGGCAAGCCUUGUUUGACAAUUUGGCAAAGGUUUUCCAGCAGUUAUCAACAACCCUUGAAUAUGGAAGGAUAGUUAUCUACACCACAAGCCUACGUGUGGUGAGAACCACUUUUGAAAGGUGUGAAAUGGUGAGAAAGAUCUUCCAAAAUCACAGAGUAAAAUUUGAAGAAAAAAAUAUUGCCUUGAACGGUGAUUAUGGUAAAGAGGUCGAUGAAAGGUGUCGUAGGGUGAACGAAACCCCAUCAUUACCGGUUGUAUUCAUUGAUGGCCAUUACCUUGGGGGUGCUGAAAAAAUAUUGUCGAUGAAUGAAUCCGGAGAGUUACAGGACUUGUUAUUAAAAAUUGAGAGAGUUCAGCACCCACAUGCUUGUGCCUCCUGCGGGGGGUUUGGCUUUCUUCCUUGUCUUGUGUGCCAUGGAAGCAAAAUGUCAGUGUUCCGGAACUGCUUCACAGACUCUUUUAAAGCUUUGAAAUGUACCGCAUGUAAUGAGAAUGGACUUCAGCGAUGUAAAAGCUGCACUGGAUAA